CGGGCGUGCAGGAGGGCAGCGCCGGGGCUCGUGGAGCGGCGGCAGAGCGGGAGGACGGCGGGCGCUGGGGUCGUCCCGGGGGUCGCCGCGCCGUUCCCGCUGGGGAUGUCCGCGCCUCGCGGCUUCCGAGCAGCACGGGGCGCCCGCCGGCCGGGCCUCUGAGGGCCGCCGGGUCCGGGCGGAGGGCUGCGGGCCCGCGCCUCCGCAGCAGCGCGGCCGGCGCCGGGCCAGGAGGAUGCGCGGCGCCGGGCUCUGAAGCAUGGAGGGGGUUCUGUACAAGUGGACCAACUAUCUCACAGGUUGGCAGCCUCGAUGGUUUGUUCUGGAUAAUGGAAUCCUGUCCUACUAUGACUCACAGGACGAUGUCUGCAAAGGGAGCAAAGGGAGUAUAAAGAUGGCGGUCUGUGAGAUUAAAGUCCAUUCAGCAGACAACACAAGAAUGGAAUUAAUCAUUCCAGGAGAGCAGCAUUUCUACAUGAAGGCAGUAAAUGCCGCCGAGAGGCAGAGGUGGCUGGUUGCCCUUGGGAGCUCCAAAGCGUGUUUGACUGACACAAGGACUGCAAAAGAAAAAGAAAUAAGUGAGACCAGUGAAUCUCUGAAAACCAAAAUGUCUGAGCUUCGCCUCUACUGUGACCUCCUAAUGCAGCAGGUUCAUACAAUCCAGGAGUUUGUUCACCAUGAUGAGGAUCAUUCAUCGCCCAGUGUAGAGAACAUGAAUGAAGCCUCUUCCUUGCUUAGUGCCACCUGUAAUACAUUCAUCACAACCCUUGAGGAAUGUGUGAAGAUAGCGAACGCCAAGUUUAAACCUGAGAUGUUUCAACUGCCUCAUCCGGAUCCCCUGGUCUCUCCUGUGUCGCCUUCUCCUGUUCAGAUGAUGAAGCGUUCAGCAAGCCACCCUGGUCCCUGCAGUUCCGAGAGGAGUAGCUGCUCCAUCAAAGAACCAGCAUCUGCCCUUCACCGACUUCCUCAGCGACGCCGCAGAACCUACUCGGACACAGACUCUUGUAACGAUGUUCCCCCAGAAGACCCAGAGAGACCUCUUCACUGUUCAGGAAACACACUUAAUGGAGAUCUGGCAUCAGCAGCCAUUCGGGAAGAAAGCAGACUUACGGCCAAGACACACUCUGAAUCUGAAGAACCUCUUCCGCCCUUCUCCUGAGGAAACGGACAUGUCCGGCUUCCUCUGAGUGUCGCUAUGCAAAAGCUGCUGUAAUUAAACUCGUUCUGGGGUAGCUUCCCCCUCCUUAGGAUUCUCUGCACUUUAUAGAACAUUGUAAACGAACAACCCACAUACUUUUGAAGUGUAUUUUAUCUUUCUAUAGUUUACUUGCAAGAGUAUUUUCCUAAUAACUUCACAGUAUGAAUGUGCAUCUUUUUUUUUUUUUUAAACAAAUGAUGGUGUAACAUUUUGACAUCCAUAAGGACAAAUGUAGAUAUUUUUCUAAAAAACUGUGAGGGACUGACAGCUUGGUCAGUGUGUAUUGUAGUAUAUAAACAUGAAAUCUCGCCAGGUUUAUUUGACAGAAAUGUGAUAUAGAUGUAACUUGUGCCAUGGACCCAAAGGUCACUUCACCCCAGCUUAAAAUUAAUUACCAUAGCCGUUUGAUGGUGAUUUUACCAUAUUCCUUUAAGUAAAAAGGAAACGCUUGAUAUUCUAAAGGCCUUUAGCCCAAAUACCAUGACAUUUUGAGCAUUAAAAAAAAAAAAAAAAA